AUGACCGACUCGCCCGCGGUGCGCGCUCCGCUGGAUCCCCAGGAACAGCCCAUCCUGGACCAGCUCUUGAGCAUCCGUACCCAGCUGGAGCUGCUGCGUGCCGACAAGUCCACCUACGUCAAAUCCGAGGAUGUGAUCCGCCUGUAUGGCAGCAUUAUCGAGCAGGUCGAGCGCGUUAAUAAGCUCCGUACUCAUAAACGACUCGAACAAAACAGAGUCGACACGGUGUUGGACGACUGUUUCCAGCUGAUAUCCCUGGCCUACAUGGCUAUUGGCAAAAACCAUGAAGCCCCGGCCACCUAUUCCGCCGUCUCGACCAUGAAGCGCCUGCUCGAUCAUCUCUACGAAGCUGCGUUCUUCUCCCCAAAGGAUCUUGAUUCAAUCGAGCACCGGUUGCAGGAGUACCGCACCUCUGUCGAAAGGGGCAAGGAGACGUACAGCCCGCAUCUUAUCACUCUCCUCGAAGCACGCAUGGAUGUCUGCCAGGAACUCCUUGGGAAGCUGCAGCAUACGCUCGAGAAGCUUAGCUCUGAACUACGGCCAACCUACGAGAAAUUAGUAUCGAUAUUACGAUCUCUUUCCGCAUGCAAUACACGGUCCAAGUUCCCCGCGUCGGAGGUCAAGCAACUCCAUGAGCAGUUGAAACAGAUUGCGGAACAACUUCAAGCUGAAAACCAGAUUGAAGUGAGCCAUUCUGAGCAAGAACGAUAUGCGCAAGUCAUCGAGCACAUGCAAAUCCGCCCAAUGGACGCAGCACCGGAAGGUGAUGAGUUGGUAAAAGAUCUCCUUACGAGGUGCAUCCUCUGGCACGAUAUCAUAGAGCAAAGGCAAGGCAAGGUCGACGACAAGUUCGCAGAUGUAUACAAGAAGCUCCACACCAUCCGGACCCAGCUCGAGAAGUUGCAACUCACGCAAGCAUGGUCUUUACGAGAAACCGACCUCUACAGCUUUCAGCGUCAGCUAGAUAGGAUCGACGAGAGCCGGGUGGACGGUAACUUCUUAGACAGCUUGGGGCGAUCUGCCGAUCUUCACACCCAAAGAACGCUUCUCUAUCUUCUUCGGAAAAGUUAUGCGUUGAUAUACACACUUAUCAUCUCUUCGGAACCUGUCUCGGAGGCUCUUCUACCCAUCUACAACCAGCUCAACACGUUGAAGAAGUGCCUAGAGGAAGUCAGAAAAUCUGGCGGCGUUUCUUCCCCUCGUGACCUAUAUCCAUACAGCAUGAAGUUGAACUCUAUCGACAACAUGCGCCAAGACGGAAAGUUCAUGAUCGGCGACGACAUCCCCGAUGGCCAAGGGGCGGUGAACCACCUUCUUGCUGAAUGCUUCGAGCUUGCAUACGAGCUUCGAACUGCGGCCGAGGAGGAGUCCGAAGACGAGAGUGAGGCGGUCCAACAAGAUGCGGAGCCACCGAAGAUCGAAGCGCAAUGA